GGCGCUGUGAUCUGAACACGGCUGUUGCUGUAGCAACAGAAGAAGAGGUGAAGCCGUAUCGUAAAGAUGGCUGACAGUGGAGUGACAGAUGGAAAUGGCAAGAAAGGUGAUAUCGAACGUACAAAGAGUGAAGGCAAAGACCUGACCAAAGAGGAGAAGCAGCGACUGAGGAAGGAGAAGAAACAGCAAAAGAAGAACAAAGAGAAAAAAGAUGAAAAGGCUUUACAGGACAGUGGGAAAGAAAAUAAGGGUGUCAGUUCAGCUGCUUCAGCACCACAGCCUUUAACGCAAUCCACAGCUCAGAAAGCUCCUUCAGCAGUGCCUGCUCCAGUUUCCGUGCCUGCCUCAGAGGCUCCCACCCCAGCUCCAACUCCAGCAGAUACGUCUGGUAAGAGUAAAGCUGAACUGAAAGCUGAACGGAGAGCUCGGCAAGAGGCUGAGAGGGCCAGCAAGCAGAGUAAGAAAGGAGAUCCGGGACAGCAAAGUGCCACAAGCAAACCGAAAGCAGCUACGAGUGAGCUGCAGCCAGUGGUGAAACGGCUCCCAGAACACAUUCAAGUGGACAAUCCAGAGGUUUUAAAGAAACUGGCCAAGAAGUUGGAAAGGCAGCAGACACCAGGGCAAAAUUCAGCUAAAAAGAUCCCACUACGCUCAGACUACGGCUACAAAGUCAGCCUGUUUUCUCAUCUCCACCAGUACAGUCGCAAAGCCCCGCUAACACAGCAACUCAGCAUUCCUUCAACAGUCAUUCAUCCUGCUAUUGUUCGACUGGGCCUCCAGUAUUCCCAUGGCAUCGUGGCUGGAUCCAACGCUCGCUCAGUUGCCCUGCUGCAUGCCUUCAAACAGGUAAUAAGGGAUUAUACUACACCUCCAAAUGAGGAGCUGUCUAGAGACUUGGUCAACAGGCUGAAACCUUAUAUUAGUUUUUUGAAUCAGUGUCGUCCUCUGUCGGCCAGCAUGGGCAACGCCAUAAAAUACAUCAAGAAAGAGAUCUCCAAUAUUCCCAGUCAAUGCAAGGAAGAAGAGGCAAAACAGAAACUGCUCCACUGCAUUGAAUGGUACAUCAAAGAAAAGAUCAUUCUUGCUGCUAAAGCUAUAGCGGAGUCCUCCAUAGAAAAGAUCAGUAAUGGAGAUGUCAUCCUCAUUUAUGGAUGCUCUUCUCUGGUCAACCACAUUCUCUUUGAGGCCUUUGAGAAAAGCAGGAAGUUUCGCGUUAUAGUUGUUGACAGCAGGCCUCGGCUAGAGGGCCGGGAGGCUCUGAGGCGGCUGGUACAGAGAGGCAUCAGCUGCACCUAUGUCCUUAUCUCAGCUGUAUCCUACGUCCUUCCAGAGGUAUCGAAGGUGUUCCUCGGAGCUCAUGCCCUCCUGGCUAAUGGCUACGUUAUGUCUCGAGUGGGAACUUCACAGAUAGCUCUAGUGGCUAAAGCCUUUAACGUGCCUGUGCUGGUUUGUUGUGAGAUCUACAAGUUCUGUGAAAGGGUGCAGACAGACUCAUUCGUAUCCAAUGAACUGGAUGACCCCGAUGACCUGAUUGUGACCCGUAAUGGGCACACCCAGCUGGAGAACUGGCAGCAGGAGCCCUCCCUGGGUCUGCUGAACCUGGUGUAUGACGUGACGCCUCCUGAUUUUGUGGAUCUUGUCAUCACAGAACUGGGCAUGAUCCCGUGCACUUCGGUUCCGGUGGUGCUGCGGGUCAAAAGCGUCGAUCAGUGAGCGUCCUCUAGAUUGGCUUGUGUGCAUGUAUGCUUGCACACAAACACGCAAGGUCGUGCUUUUAGCAUGCAAUAAAUGUAUAUCUGAAAUGGCAUAAACUUUUAAA